UGCACUUGAAGAGUGCGGUAUUUAAAUAAACCAACCAGAGUUAGAUAACCGUUUUAGACGAUCGCCAUUAUUCUACAGAAGUAGGUAAUGGCGACAGAGAUGAGUGACUCGGACAGUGACAAUAAGUCGUGGGAGUACAGCGCGGCUGAAGAGGACGUCUGGUGUGACGUGUGCAAGAUUGAGGACACGGAAAUGCAGUGUGAGACCUGCCUCGUUAACAUGUGUGAGGGAUGUGUCCAGAAACAUCUCAAGUCAAAGGAGGACGAAAAACACAGCAUCUCCAGAUUUCCCGGCUUCAUCCAAAAAUACCCAGCAUGCUCCUCUCACGACAAGAGACGGUGUGAGCUGUAUUGUAAAGAUUGUGACGAUCCCAUUUGUGUCACGUGUAUUACGUCAGAGAAACACCGCGGUCAUGAUUUACAAGACGUCCUGGAAACGUUUUUGGAAAGAGAAAGAUCAUUUUAAAGAGAAAGCUCUUUCGUUUGAAGGGUUUUAUACCAAUUAUAACUUUAGUAAAGUGCAGUAAUGUAUAGAGACUAUAUUUUUAUGUAUAUUGUUGAAGUUUUAAAGCUUUGUAGAUGCUAUGAUGUGCUUUCCAGAGAUAUGCAAUACUGUAUACAGAUUAUUUUCGCCCCGUCUUAUUUUCGCCCUUUUGCACUUUCGAACAUUUUUGUCCCGUUUUAAAUUCGCCCAUUCAUAAUUUUGUUUAGGAAUCUAUGCUAUGUAAUUUAAAUUCGCCCCGUUUUAAUUUCGCCCAAACAAGAAGAGGGCGAAAGGGUCGAAAAUAAAACGGGGGCGAAAAUUUCCCUGUUUACAGCACCCAAUUUUAGUCAAAGUGACAUAUUUAUUGCGCAAGAAUUGAAGUAACUAUUUAU